CAACUAACAACAGUUUGUUCCAGUAUUACCUAGCGGAAUUCCCAACAUGUCAAAGACGAAUCAAAAUAACCCCACAGCAGCAAUCAAAGAAGAUAUUAUUCAGGAUUUCCGGUCAACAGAUUUCAACCAGAAACAAUCGAUUAACGCCAAGUCAUCCUUGUUUAGCAACUGUGGAGUUUUUGUGUGGAUGUUACUUGUAUCUUCCGUCGCCUGCGAUGCGAUCCCUCAUGGAACCGCACCGGAGGUUUGCCACACCAUGGAAUGCUUGCGAGCCGCUGCUGCCUUCAAGCAAAGCAUGGACCUAGCGGUAGAUCCUUGUGAGGACUUCUACUCGUAUGUAUGCGGUAAUUGGGCGGACGAUCAUCCCCGUCCGGAAGAACAGGAAUCGUACGAUUGGUUCACUGAACGGCAGAUCAAGAUUUACCGCAAUAUAAUGGCUCAUUUGGGAACAAACGCCAGUCGGUCGGACCCAAAACCGGUAUCCCAAUCAAAGGCGAUGUAUAGAUCCUGUUUGAAUCAUGAUGCUCGGAAGCAAGAAGGUUUCCGAGCCGUGAGCAAGUACAUGCGAGGGCUUGGACUUCCAGCGAUUCCUACACUACUCAACCAGUCCAGAAGCUCAUCUGAAACCUACGAGCUCGACUGGAUAAGCUCGGUUGCUAGAAUUCGUCGAAAGCUUGGACUGAACGUGAUCAUCGGAUUCGACAUAGUUCCCGAUUAUCGGGACAGUAAUCGGAACAGACUGACGUUUGGAUACUCUAGUUCUUCGCCAAACAUCCAGUCUCCACGCUAUGAAUGGUCGAAAGUGGGUGAACAGAGUGAAGAGAACGACGAGGAACAGAAUGGAAGAGAAAAAACCGAAUCGUACGACAGAAAAGAGGUAAUCGAGUGGCUGGAAUGGAUUAUUCGGACUAUUCAUCCUGAUUUUAAUACGGUAGCUUUGGAAGAAGAAUUCGCAAUCUUAGCUGAGCAGUACAUAGACUUCUACACCCUUCCCGAGUAUGAAAACGUGGAUAACGAGGAUCCGAGCUAUUACACUAUCAACGAAUUGCAAGAUCUUACCGAUUCAUUCAUGUCUCCGAGGCAACAUUAUCCAAUUUGGCAACGGUACCUUGACGUCCUGUUCGCCGAUAUUCCAGACGCUAAACCAGGUCCAAAGGAAAAACUUCAAAUCGAUAAUGCCACAAUCCAAUAUCUGCAGAAACUUAUAAAUUUUGUAUCUCACCAAUCCCAAGCUUCUAUCGAACUACACUUAUGGACCACUGUAGCCGACUUCAUCGUAAAUUACGCACUAAACGAAAUUCAAUCCGAGCAUGAAUGCGUCAAAACCGUCCACCGAUUUAUGGGUUUGGCCGUGAGCUAUGCUAUUGCGGAUCGUGACUUCUUAACCGAGACCAAACCUCGCGUUGAGAAGAUGCUGAAGCAUAUUGUCACUGAAUUCGAUUUCAUAGUACUCAAAACGGAUUGGAUGGAUGCCUACACGAAGUAUGUGACACUGGAAAAAUCCAAGUCAAUGAAAAGUCUGAUUGGAUUUCCGGAUUGGAUCAUGGACACGAAAAAGCUGGAAGAUUACUACAAAGAACUUCAGAUCGACGAGGGUCGUUAUCUGGAAAAUUGGGUUAGCGCGAUCCAAUUUAUACAGACAAGUCAACUACGCUCUUGGCAGGUCAAGAACAAUCAAGUUAUGCAAAUUCUUCCAACAACACUAAACGCGUUCAACGUGCGACCCUGGAAUAUGAUAUAUAUUCCUGCAGCCAUCAUUCAGUAUCCCUUUUAUUAUCUUGGACUGGAAGCUCUGAACUACGGGGCACUAGGCGAAAUACUUGGUCACGAGCUGACCCAUGGCUUUGAUAAUUCUGGACGCCACUAUGAUAAGAACGGAAACAUGGAACGCUGGUGGUCCAAUCAUUCAUUACAGGAAUACGACGAUCGGGCAGACUGCUUCGUUGACCAAUACAGUGGCUAUUACGUCAAAGAAGCGAAACAAUAUCUCAAUGGUAGCUUAACUUUGGGAGAAAAUAUUGCCGACAACGGAGGACUUCGGGAGGCAUAUUGGGCCUAUAAAGCAUUCCAGCAGACGCACGACCCCGAGCCGACUCUUCCAGGGUUCGAAGGCUUCACUCACGAACAAUUGUUCUUCAUUUCAUUUGCAUAUCAAUACUGCAAUGUUGUUUCACCAACGAUAGUCGAAAGACAACUGAAGAAUCAACAUAGCCCAUCAAGGUUUCGAGUACGGGGUUCCCUGAGUAAUCUGCAGGAGUUCAGCGACGCUUUCAAUUGCCCGACAGGUAGCACUAUGAAUCCGGAGAAAAAGUGUCGCAUCUGGUAAUGAAUGAUGAAUACCGCAUUUUUGGUAUGAAAUUUAAUACAUAAUAAAAUAAAGUAAGAUGAAAAACUCUCGGAAAAACUCUCAA